CACUCUCACAUUCUCUAGACACAGUACAGCCAUAUACAUACACAAAAAGCUAGCACAUAGAACUGUCCACAAACCAUCUCAAACAUUCCUUUUUCUUCAUUUAAAAACACUCAAAAAUCUGCUAUUUUUCUUUUUGCAUAAAAUACCUUCUGCUUGUUGCUCCUCUCCUUCUUCAUCAAUGGAUACUGCUCAAUGGCCACAGGAGAUAGUGGUGAAACCCAUGGAAGAGAUAAUACCAAAAAAUACAAACACAAUUACUACAAUAUGCUCAUCAAAACCUAGUACUCAUAUUGAAAGGAAAAUCAAGCCUCAUCAAAAGGACCAAGCAUUGAAUUGUCCAAGGUGCAAUUCAAAAAAUACAAAGUUUUGUUAUUACAACAACUAUAGUCUUUCUCAACCAAGAUAUUUUUGCAAGACUUGUAAAAGAUAUUGGACUGAAGGUGGAUCUCUUAGAAGUAUUCCUGUUGGUGGGGGUUCAAGAAAAUCCAAAAAAUCAUCAUCUUCUACUAAUUCUUCUUCAUCAAAUUCUAUGUCGCGCGAACUUUCCAAAAAUAUUGUCGCUCCAGUGUUGAAUCCUCCUAAGAUGGAAGGGAGUCAAGAUCUCAACUUGGGAUUUUCUUGUGAUUUCAAGAAUAUCUCUGAGCUAAUCCAAGUACCUAAUAAUUCUUUUAUGCCAAUGCCAAUCUCUGAUCCAAAUUCAGUUUAUUCAUCACUAAAUUUCUCUUUGGAUUAUGGCCUUGGAAUUAGUGGUGACUAUGAAAAUAAUCUUCAAGAUGUGCAAGAUAGUACAACAAGUGGAAGACUUUUGUUUCCUUUUGAAGAUCUAAAGCAAGUUUCAAACACAAGUAUUGAUGGUCCUGAGGAAAAUAGAGAUGGGGAAUCAAAUGGAUAUUGGAAUGCAGUUUUAGGAGGAAAUGGAGGAUCUUGGUAAUUAAUGGAAAUCAGCCACCGACGCUUGCAUUAUGAUAGGCUGCUUAUAUUACAUCCCUUUGAGGUACGGUUUUUCCCGGACCUUGCAUGAACACGGAAUGCUUCGUACAUCGGACUGCCCUUUUAGUCUAUAAAAUUAUUUAUCAUGGAUUUUUUUCUAUAUUUUUGUGGGGUUUUCUUUUUUAUCUUUGUGCUAUUUAUUUAGUGUUUAAUGGUGGGAUAAAUUUAAUUCCUUGAAAAGCUAACUCAUAGGAUUAAAGGGUUAUCUAAUCUCCUAGAUCUCUUUAUUUUGCAAUGUAGUUAAUAUCUUUAAUUCAACUUUUGGUCAUGGUUGGGUGGGAGGUUUGAAGCUUAUUUUAGAUUGGCUUCACUACAGUGAACUGGUGGAGAAAAUAACAUGUAAUGCAUUAUGUAUAAUUGUAUAUUGACCUAAGUUUGUAUUGAGUUUGUGAAAAUCAUCAUUUAAAGUUA